UCAAGCACGAAUGAAAUAAUACUACUAGGCAGUUGAGUACUACGAAUUUGUUCACACGAUAUUGAAGUAAUAUGGAUGCAGUUUCUGGUAACGAAACGAAUUACAUAGCAUGGAAUUCAAGUGUUGACCUAUACACUGAUUGUACGGAAGAUGCUACGGAAAAUAGAAAUGUAGUAUGCUUAUGCAGAAAUUCAAAUUUGAGGAAUAUCUUGGAAUGUUUCAUACCAGAACCCGAAGAAUGGGUUCUUGUUUUUGCGUAUGUUAUAACGUUUGUAAUCGGUGUUUUUGGGAAUAUUCUAGUUUGUUUUGCAGUUUGUAGAAACAAAGACUUGCAAACAAAUACAAACAUAUUUAUUGUGAACUUGGCUGUUGCCGACUUGACUGUGAUCCUUGUCCUGUUGCCUUCGGCUCUGAUUGUUGACGUAACAGAUACAUGGCUGUUUGGAGGAGCAAUGUGUAAAAUCAGCAUCGCUAUCGGGACAAUGUGUAUAACCGUCUCCAUCCUGACACUGUGUGCGAUCUCAGUAGAACGGUGGUACGCCAUAUGUCAGCUCUUUAGUUUCCAUAGCAACAUCCAGAGGGCCCGCAUCACCAUUGCCGCCAUUUGGGCAGUCUCCAUUUGCGUGGCUUUGCCCGAGUUCCUAGCCUUCACCGUGAUACCUUAUCGCCCCGACACGGUCUUCAGGACAAUAUGUUAUCCAGCCCUAUGGGAGCAGAGAACGAUGAUGAUCUUCCAGAUCUGCUUGUUGGUGUCACUAUAUUUCCUGCCGCUUGUCCUCAUCGCCUGCGUGUACGUGCACAUUUAUGUCGUGCUCUGGAUGACACGUAUCCCGGAUACAGGAGAUAUUCAAAUGGAAUCAGUAAACGAAUCACGGCAACCUAAUACUGAAUUUGGCAGUAGGUUGUUGAGUCGAAGAAAGACAGUGAAGAUGCUGGUGACGAUUGUUGUGGUGUUCGCACUGUGUUUCCUGCCUAACCACACACUCAGCAUUCUAACAUAUAUGGAAAAGCUACGGGGAAUUCCUAACCUGCGGAUGUUCGCUCUUAUCUCCCACUGGUGUACAUUCUUCAACAGCUGUAUCAACCCAAUUAUCUACAUCUUCAUGAGCGACAAAUUCCGGAAAGAGUUCCAUGGGACGCUCUCUCUGUGUUGCAGCUGUGGAAAAACCCAAACUCAGGGACCCGGGGUUCGUUACCAAAUGACUUGUUCCGAGACGAGUCAUUUAACUAUUGAAAAUAGUAACAUUGACAGUAGCGUCAUGACGAAAUGAGAUAGUUAAGCCUGAUGCAUGUAAAUUAAACAUUCGAUAUCAUUUCUAAAAAUCUUCUGAGCGGAAGCGGAAGUUGCUAUUUGAGAUACUUGUUACAUUGCACAUUUAUUGAUAGUUACUGAAUUAUAUAUGAAUAUAUGAAUUAUAUAUGUAUAAGCAUCUUGUAAUUAAUAUUAUGCAUAGAAAACAACUAUGAGCAUUCAUAUGAUUUAGUAAGCACAAUAGUAUUAUUUUACCGUAGUUUGAUUUAUCUUGAGGCUAUACAGGAGUUGUGUCUAUGGUAUCUCGUCCCGUCGUCGCAUCUCUGAAAUAUAUUUUGUUUGAACGUAGCUCCAUACGUAUUGCACAUAAGUAUUCUAAUGACACUCCAUAGGAAUGAUGGUCAACUUUAUAUAUUGUGCAACUUCUUUUUGUAUGAUAUAUACUUGGUGAAACAAAUACUUGCCCUUGAUAUGUCAAAACAGUGUAACAUUGUUUGUGUCGCAUGUUACUGUAAAUUUGUUGUUUCACAUAGUGUACAUAGAAAAAGACCAAAAUCUGUGUUAGACCAUUUGAAAUUACAAAAACAUUACAGGUGCUCAAUUUCUUAUUCUGACUAACAUUCCUAUAAAUUAUAUGAGUCUAAGGUGAGCGUAGGAAAUUGUGCACUUGUAAUUUGUAUGUCAUUUUACUCGGAUUUACUAUAGCAAUGGCCUUUGACUAGAUAAAUAAAGGUCUGAAAUUCUGCUGGCUUUUAUAACCCUUUUCAACAUAUGUCUGUGUUAUCACGCUAUAUGCACAUGUUGUUAGUUCAAACACACGACAAUAAGGCGUGCCUGUUUCCAGACGUCGUCUGCGGGUUUCCAUCAGUUUUGUUAUAGGCCGUGGUGUGUUUUGAUUGUGUUGUCGUAUAUUGUAUGUGUAUGUGGGUAUUUAGGUUGAAAUUGGCAGGACAUUAACCAAAUAAA